GUACUCUAAAAGGGUGUAGACUUAAAAAUACCUAAAGAUGCAAAGCAUUAUGCGAUCUAUAGAAGAAUGCAAUAUCAUUCGAUAUGCAUCUUACAGAACUGCAGCAAAAAUGCAAAUCUUACACAAAGAGCUUAGUAUGCAAUAUAUUCAAUUGGAAUUAAUUGCUGGAGUCUUUGAACGGCAUAGACUUUCAAUUACAGAAAACUGUGUGAAUUUGGAUCCAAGUGAAAUUGAAGAUGUUCUUUCUGACAUUUAUUUUGCAGCUUGUAAAGAAAAUGAUACUAAUUUUGAUGUUGAUGUUACAACAAAACUUGCAGUGAAUUAUAUUUUAACUACAUUUGAUAAACAAUACACUAGGAGUGUUUCAGUAUUUUCUGUAAAAGUUGCUUUAAUACUAAUGAGUUCUGGAAAAUUGCAAGAAAAAUAUGGAUAUUUUUAUCAACAAUUAGCAGAUCAUAAUGCAUGUUUAUCCAAAGCUAGUUUGCACACGCUACUAACUAAUAUCUGCAAAAUAACGGAAAUGCUUGGAGAAAGUGCUGCAUAUGGGUAUCACAGUAUUCAAACACAUAUUGACAAUUGUUUUUCAAAGUCACAAGGAUGUCUUGGAGUCACUGAAUCAGAGUUUGCUGCAUGGAUUAUGCAAGAACCUCUUUUGCUUGUUUGGAUAACAACAUUUAAUCGCAUGAAGUCUGCAGAACACAUUACACAUAAUGUAAGAUGCUCCUCUUGUAAAAUAACACCUAUUCAAGGACCACGUUACACAUGCUUAAAAUGUACAGCAUAUUAUCAGUGUCAACAAUGUUUUUUAUAUGGUAAAAUGUCAGGAAAACAUAAACUGAAGCAUCCAGUUCGUGAGUUUUGUACCAAGACUUCAAAUCGAGAAAUAACAAAAUUAAUUAUUGAGUUAAUAAGGAAUAAAUUAAGACUGUGUCCUGCCAGAUCAAUUGAUGUGAAUAUUGAGGAUCAACCACCACAUGUAACUGGUAAUGAAGUGACAUACAUUGAUAAUGAAUCCAUAAGAAGUACAAUGAGAAGACGAGUUUUGCAUGAUCCACAAAAAGAACUACAGAGUAUAAUAACUCACUUAGAAGAAGAAAAUAAACAAUUGCAGAUUGAGUUGCUUGAUAUACAGGGUACUAAAGCAGAGAGACUUCAGCGCCAUAGAACUACAAUUGAAUCACAGUUACAACGUCUAAAAUUAUUAAAAAAAUAUUUGUUUGCUGAGAGGAAUCAUAUGCCUCGUGUAAUUAAUUAUAUGCAAAGUACACCAAUGAUUCCAUCAUUAUCAUUGAGAUUAGCUGCCUUACCCAUAAAUUUUGAAUUAAGUCCAAUUAUUCGCCAGGAAAAUAUAGAACAGAUCUCUAAUUCGAACGAUACAAACACAUUGCAAUCGAAUAAUUUUAAUGCAACACAAUCUGGAGAAUAUGUUAUUGAAGAAAAUCAUGACACUGGUACUGGGGAAGCUUCUGCCAGUUCAAAUUUUGUUAACACACUAGAACCGACUCAUAUAGAACUGAGUACAUGGAUUGGAGGUACUAGAAGAUCAGAAAUAAAUCCAACUGAUAGUGGCUUUUCCCAGUGGUUAGAUUCUAAUGACUCUGGAUCUAAAAAAGAAAAGUAUUCAUUGAAAACAGUAACACCUAGCACUGAUAAUGAAUCACCUUUAAUUAUUUCUGACUCUUUCAUGGGCAUUCAUAGAGAUAAUACACCAUCUUCUCUUCAAAGGCCUGACAAACAUUCACAACAUAGCAGUUUACAAAACAUUCAAGGAGACUUGAAUGAUAUAUUAGAUAGGUUGCAAAAUAUGGUCGCGGAAGACUGUUUACUAGACGAUUCUUACGUAGCUAAUGAUAAUUGUAAAUUAAAACGUGCAACAACAGAAAUGGAAGAUUUAUUAACAGGACUCAUUCAAGGUAUGGAAUCUCGCAAAAGUAAACUUACGACUAUUGUGUGACAGAUUUUGAACUACAACCAGUAUUUCGUAAUAUCAACGUAAAUAUAUGCAAAACAUAUCUCCGUCCGUGUACUCAAGCAUUUGAAAUGAUACUUAUCGAUAGGUUAUUGAUAUGAACUUCAA